AUGGGCGCGAAUAUCUCAGGUGGUUUGCCGGAGUUUGACCGGAACGGCGAAGAAGGUUACUCGAGGAAACCCAGAUUGGUCGAUUUGCCGGAGAACUGUGUUGCGUUGAUUAUGAUGCGGCUUGAUCCACCGGAGAUUUGCCUUCUUGCUUGUCUCAGCAGCGUCUUCCGUCGCGCGUCGUCAGCUGAUUUCAUAUGGGAAUCGAAGUUGCCUUCGAAUUAUCGGAUCAUUGCACGGAAAGUGUUUGAUGAAAUUACUCUGAAGAAAUUGACUAAGAAAGAUCUUUACGCAAAGCUUAGCCUUCCCAAUCUCUUCGACGGUGGCACAAAGGAAUUGUGGAUAGAUAAGAACACUGGUCGUCUCUGUUUAUCAUUUUCUUCAAAGGCACUAAGGAUUACUAGAAUUGACGAUCGGAGAUACUGGAGUCGAAUCCCAACCGAUGAAUCCAGGUUCCAGUCAGUAGCAUAUGUGCAACAGGUAUGGUGGUUUGAAGUAGGAGGAGAGUUUAAGAUCCAGUUUCCAUGUGGAACAUACAGUCUCUUCUUCCGUAUCCAGCUUGGUAAAACAUCCAAGAGACUUGGCCGGAGGAGAAUCUGCAACUCUGAGCACAUUCACGGAUGGGACAUCAAGCCUGUGAGGUUCCAGCUCGCGACUUCAGACAACCAACGAGCUGUUUCGCUCUGUUAUCUGGACAACAACCCCGGGAACUGGAGUCAUUACCAUGUUGGGGAUUUCAAAGUGGAAAAUCCAGAUAUAGAAACAGGAAUCAAAUUCUCCAUGACUCAAAUCGAUUGCACUCACACUAAAGGUGGGCUGUGCGUAGACUCUGUUUUUAUAUUACCUAAAGAAAGUGCAGAAGAAGUCAUUCGAUCAAAAUAG